UUAGAGUCACUGGCUUGUUGCCCCUCGCUGCCAUGAGCUUCAUAUGAGAGGCGGCACUUGCGGCAGCGGCCAAUGAACCGUCUGAAGCAGGUGGCAAACAGCUUGCAAAAUCCAGCCAGACCGGAGCUGGUUCCCAGUGGAUACGAGAAGCGCUGCGGGCUUUUGCAUUCGGAGUGGGCCUACGAACACUUGCGAUGGAUGAUCCAGAAGGACUCCCUUGGCCAAGAUAUUUUUUUGUUAGGUUCCCACUCGCCGCUCCGACGCUGGCUGGCCUUUCGCUUCUGCGAGGUAUUAGGUCGCGAAUGCGAAUUUCUGGCUUUGACGCCUGAUACCUCUGAGGUGGAUCUCAAGUCCCGGCGUGAGCUCCGCGCCGUGGACGGCCUGCAGGGGGCCUUGGAGGUGGUGUGGUUCGACCAGGCGGUGGUGCGUGCAGCGCUCUUCGGUCGGGUGCUGGUCUUGGAGGGCCUGGAGAAGGCGGAGCGGAACGUGCUACCCGUUCUGAACAAUCUGCUAGAGAAUCGGGAGAUGCAGCUGGAAGAUGGGCGAUUCUUGGUCGCCCCGCAGCGCUAUGAUCGUCUAGUGAAGGAGGGGAAAGAUGCUGGGCAGCUGAACUUGGUGAGAGUCCACGAAGAUUUUCGAGUGGUGGCUCUGGGGGUGCCUUCUCCGCCCUUCCCCGGCAAUCCGCUGGACCCGCCACUGCGCUCGCGCUUCCAAGCCCGCCACGUGGCGCGGGCGCCGGCCGAUCUGUUGUUACAGCGCUUACACAGCGAAGCACCGAAGGCUCCAGCAGAGGUGCUACAACAGCUGCUGAAGUUCUAUGAGACGCUCUGGGAACUAAUGCAGGCGCAGGGGAGCACUUCUGGAAUGGAAGUGCGAAGCAUGGCCUUUUCUGCCCCUUGUUAUCCCUCUGAAGAGUCGGUGAUCUCGGCUGCAAAGCUUCUGAAUCAGCUCCCGCAGCUUCCACUGCAUGCAGUGAUCCAACGGAUUUUUCCAUUCCAGAUGGAGAGUGGCCUGCUGAAUAGCGCCAUGGCCAAGUUGGUGACGACCAUCCUGCCAACAGAAGGGGAGGAGAAGAUGGAUAUCAUGGGAGUGGUCCCAGCGUCACCAGGCAACGUUCGCGUGCAGCUUCGCUGCGGCGAAGCUCUGACUGAAGUGCGAUGCCAGGGUGGUGAUGGUGAGUGCUCAGUGGAUUCCAGGCUUCCAGCUUUUCAAAUGCAGCUGCUUUCAGAGAUGGUGGCUGCUGCAUCCACCGGCCAAGAUCUCUGCAUCAUUGGUCCCAGGGGUGAAGGAAAGACCUUCCUGGCGCAGCACUUGGCGCGUUGCUUGGGAUAUUCGCAGAUCCACACCCUGUUCUUGCACGAGGAGAUGACCGCUCGAGAUCUCUUCCAACGGCGAACUACCAACGAGAAGGGCGAGAGCAUCUGGGAGCCUUCACCACUACUGCGGGCCAUGGAGCAUGGAGGCCUUUGCGUGCUGGAUGGCCUACAGCAGCUGCGACCCAUGACACUUUCGGCUUUGGCGCCGCUGAUCCAGGAUCGCGAAGUGACACUCUACGACGGGGUUCGCUUCAUCUCAGCCUGGCGUUGGCAGCACCUUCAGGGUGCCGCGUCCAUGGCCAUGGCGGAGCUGCGACGGAGGGGCACGCGGAUGACGCAUCCCAGCUUCCGGAUGGUGGCGCUGGCCACACCUGCCAGGGCGAAAGGGUGGUUGACCAACGAAGUCUUGCAACUGUUUCACUUCUUCGUGCUGCCCCGGAAUGUUGACCUGCAGCCGGUGCUGUGGCGCUCGGUCCCUCUCUGCCCGAAGGACUUGGUCCAGCGGCUGCUGCAGCUGCGAAAUGAGCUGCUGGAGGCGUCCUUGGACGCACGGUCGCCGCUAUGGACAGGUCAAAAUCCCCUGGACACUCAGGGCGCCAUCCAUCCCAUCGUGACGCUCUCCUUGCGCUCCCUGCUGCGAGCAGCUAGAGUGGCGACCGGCAACACGACGCAGGAUGUGGCGGACUACUUGCAGAGUGCCCUAAUGAUGGACUUUAUGCCGCCAAACGAAAGCGGCGCGCUGGUGAAGAUUCUGCAGUCUGCAGGCUUCAGUCUCAGGUCCCGUCUCGUUCGCCUGCGCGAAGCCGCCGGGAUGGCCAUCGUGCCAGCGGCGCCGGGCGAGAUGCUGCGCAUCGGCGCGGUGCAGCUGAAGGUGCUGGCGCCCAAGGAGAGCGCCUUGAUCCCAGAAACGGAGUUCUUCGACAAUCCGCAGCAGACCUUGUCCCUUCACGACAUGCUGCGGGACAUGGCUGCCCAGGAGCACUUGCUGCUCAUGGGCAACCAGGGCGUAGGCAAGAACAAGUUGAUUGACCGUUUGCUCAUGCUGCUGCACCGUGAGCGUGAAUACAUCCAGCUCCAUCGGGAUACCACGGUGGGGUCACUGACUUUGGUUCCCACCCUGCGCAACGGCGUGGUGUCCUUCGACGAUUCGCCACUGGUGAAAGCCAUGCUGCACGGCCGGGUGCUGGUGAUCGAUGAGUUUGACAAAGCGCCAACGGAGGUGGUUUUGACCUUGAAGGGCCUGUUGCAGGAUGGGGAGAUCCUCUUAGUGGAUGGACGUCGUUUUGUGAAGUGUGUCGCUGCAUCCAUGGAUGCAUCACCGAUUCACCCGAACUUUCAGGUGGUGGCUUUGGCCAACCGACCGGGCUACCCUUUCCUGGGCAACGACUUCUUUCGAGAGAUGGGCGACUGCUUUGCCUGCCAUGCGAUCCAAAAUCCCGAUGAAGAGUCUGAAGUGGCGAUGCUGCAGUCCUACGCCCCGGACGUAUCUCUGGAGCUUUUGCACUUGCUCUCCUCGUCCUUCACGGAAUUGCGCGCCUUAGUGGAGGCUGGAAAGUUGUCCUAUCCCUACUCCACGCGCGAGUUGGUGAACCUGGUGCGUCACCUGCAGCAGUUUCCUGAAGACAGCUUAGCCGAGGUGAUGGAAAACGUCUUCGCCUUCGAUGUCUACGACCCCGAGCUUCGGCGUUUAGUCCUGGAGGUCUUCCAACGCCAUGGCCUUGCCCUGGACCCGGUGAACCCGGUGGACCCGGCGCGUGGCCGUGGUCUACGACCCCGGCAGCUGCUGCAGCUGCUGGCUCCCAGGAUUUGCGGGCAGCUGCGACGGGGUGAAGGAGCUCCAGAGCCAGUGACCGUGAAAAGCUGCAGCCUGCAGCGGCAGUGGCGCCGAAGAUGGCGUGGCGUUGCGGAUCAGCCAGGCGAUGCAGGCGCUGAGUGGCAGCCUUUGGAGCUGCACUCGGCUCGCGCGCGGCGAUUCUCGGAGGAGGAGCUCUGGUUUCGAAUGGGCUCCGUGACCAAGGACGGCGUGUUGAUCCGUGGACAAAAUCCAUUGACAGGAUCCUGGUUGGGUAAUUUGCUGUCGAUGGCUGCGGCGGAAAGCACGCUAUGCGUCCUGAGCAGCCAGAUGAUCCUGGACGUCUACGACUUGAAAACGAAGCAAUGCCGGCAGCUGCCAUUGGCAGCGAAUGGGCAUCGCGCCUUGCAUGGUGUCACUGCAAACAACACUGCCAUGGUGGCGUUACCAGGUGAAGGUUGCCUCUGUGCCUAUGAUGCCCGGCAGGGAUCCCUGCUGCGCAUCUGGCCGCGCUCUGGGGAGGCAGAAGCCUUUCAGCUGACUCUGGCAUCCCAUGGGGCGGUGAAGCUACAGCCGUGGCAUGGCGAGUUGUUGAUCUAUGCCGAAGGAGGGCAGGAGCUGGUUGUGGCAGACAUGGAAGGAGCGGCAGCCAGACUUGAAGUGCAUCUGACUGGUGGCCUGCGGAGCGUGGACGUCUUGAGCGACUGCAGGUUGAUGUUGAGCUCUUCGACUGAGCGCUUGGAGCUCACUUGGCCAGGCAACUCGACUGGACGCAUGGAUGUCAAGGUCGUCUCGGUGACCUUGGACGUUGAUCCACAUUUUGUUUCACAUCCACUACCCGCAAGUCAGCUGCAGCUGCCAGAUCAUUUGCAGUCCUCCAUGGGCGGGCACAGCCACGGCCACGUCAUGUCCGAUGGAUCCAUCGGCUCCAGCGGGCGCCAUGGACUGCUCAGUCUGGGUUUGGAUCUGGGCAUGGCCUCAACGCCCAUCUGGGAAUAUCCACGGCGCGAGGCGCUGCUGGCAUAUCUGCGGUCACAGAUGGAGGCGGAGGAUUUCGCGCUGGAGGUGGAUGUGGCCUUGGUUUCUUGUUGGCACUCAGCGUCCAACAGCUUGAUCUCUGUCUUCUCCCCUGUGGGCGACUCCCCAUUGCGUGCCAGGUAUGGCAUGCUCUACCUGGAAGCCCUGAACGUCUCCAGCUCCAUGCUGCGGCGUGUGCUGCUGGGAAAGGUCCCAGGCUUGGGGUCCCAAUCGCAGGCUCAGCCAGGGCCAGGGACUGAUAGUUCCUUAGCAGAUCAAGGGCUCCUGCUCACCAGACGCAAGGUUCCUGACAGGGUGCAGCAUGUGGAGAUGCCUCAGUGCCUGGCUGUCUGCGAGUUGGAGGAUGGACGCCUGGCCCUGCUCUUCGCGGAUUCACACGUGCGCAUCCUGGAGUUGCGCGCAGACUCCUUGGCUUUGCAAGAGGCUCUCUACAGUAGCAUGUUGGGUCGCCCUGGGAAGGAAGAUCCAGAAAUGGUGGAGGAAAACUUGGAGUUUGACGAGCUGGAAGAGGGAGAAGAUGACUUGGAGGACUUUGAGGAUGACGGUCAAGAUGAUGAUUCUACCAACGAUGGUGCUGGAGCUUCGGGCGGCCGCAGUGGGAAAUCAGAUGCAAAGCGAGCGGAAGCAGAGAAGGUGAUCAAAGAGGCGAGAGAACGAGCAGCAGAAGUGAGAAAGAUCCAGAAGAUGAAGUUGGAACUGAAGGACUUCGAUCAUGCCAAGUAUGACGAACUCUUCAAAGUGGUGGAGAAAGAGAUCAUGCAACUACGAGUUAUUCUCCAAUCCAUUGAAGCCAGGGAACGAGAACGAACUUGGCUACGUGGGAAGGUGCUGGGAGAGUUUGAUGACAACAAGAUCGUGGAUUUGGCCAUUGGCGAGAAGAACGUCUUCAAACGUCGUGGCCAACGCGAAGACCACAGUUUCCUCCAAGCCCUGCCCAAGCGCUUGUCCUUCGUGGUGGACGUGAGCGGUUCCAUGGCCGUCUUUAACGGCGACGGCCGGUUGGAUCGGCUUAUGGCCACGAUGGUGAUGAUGAUGGAAAGCUUGGUGGGCUUGGAGCACAAGUACAUCUACGAGAUCAUCGGCCACAGCGGGGAAAGUGACUGGUUGCCCUUCGUCAAAAUGGGCGAGGCGCCCAAGGAUCGCGUGGAGCGUUAUGCCGUGAUCGAGGCCAUGACUGACCAUGCGGCCACAGCCAGAAGUGGGGACAACACGCUGUCUGCUGGGGUCACCUGA